AUGCCGCUAAGAACUCACUUUACUCUCAAUACUGGAUCUAAAAUCCCAGCAGUCGGUUUUGGAACCUGGCAGGCUCGGCCAGGACAAGUUGAGCAUGCGGUUGAAACAGCCCUUCGAGCUGGCUAUCGCCACAUAGAUUGCGCUGCAAUAUACCGUAAUGAAAUUGAAGUAGGAAAAGGUAUUCGUGCUAGUGGAGUACCCCGAGAGGAUAUAUUUAUUACUGGAAAGCUCUGGAACACAAAGCACGCCCCGGAAGAUGUGCAGAGCGCAUUGGACAAGACCCUCAAGGACAUUGGGACUGACUAUUUGGAUUUGUUUCUGAUGCAUUGGCCGGUAGCAUUCAAGUCGGGAGAUGAUUGGUUUCCACUUGAUGAUCAAGGUGUCUUCCAGCUCUCCGACAUUGACCCAGUGGCAACAUACUCAGCCAUGGAGAGCCUGCUGCAAACAGGGAAAGUUCGAGCUAUUGGCGUUUCCAACUUCACCAUUAAGCGUCUCGAGGAUCUCAUCAGCAAAACAAAAAUAGUCCCAGCUGUCAAUCAGAUUGAGGCACACCCCUACCUCCAGCAGCGCCAGCUGUUCGAAUUUUGCCAGUCCAAGGGUAUUCUCAUAGAAGCUUACUCUCCUCUUGGAAACAACCAAACCGGAGAGGCCCGAACGGUAGAUGAUCCCUUGGUUGCGGAUUUAAGUCAAGAAUUAGGUUGGGAUAUUGGGCAGGUUCUCUAUUCCUGGGGUGUGCAACGAGGAACGGUUGUGUUGCCUAAAAGCAUCACGCCCAGUCGAAUCGCGUCAAAUUUGCAAGUCAAAGAGCUGCCGCCCCAUGCUUUCGAAAAGCUAAAUGGACUGGAGAAAAACAAACGAUAUAAUUGGCAAUCAUUAUGGGGCUUUGACAUCUUUCAAGAAAUUGGACACGAUGAGAUUGUACGUAUUGCGAAGGAGGCAGGACCAGAAAACCUGAAGAAGUUUGGGAAAUAG